AUUCACAUUCCUUUGAUCUUCGGAGGUGCUGUGCAGUAUUGACAUUAUGUGCAACAGCAAGUAUGUUGAAUGAUUCACUGUGUGCUCCUCUUAUUCCUUCCAGGCGGCGGUUGAUUUCCCAACGUUCUUCGUUAGAAACUCUGGAAGAUAUCGAGGAGAAUGCUCCAUUACGGAGAUGUCGGACUCUAUCGGGUUCACCCAGACCAAAGAGCUUUAAGAAAAUUCACUUUAUCAAAAAUAUGCGACAACAUGACACCAGGAACGGCAGGAUAGUGCUAAUCAGUGGCAAGAGAUCCUUCUGCUCAGUGUUUUCAGUAAUGCCAUAUCGAGACAACAGUCAGACAGGCUUGUCAACAGUAGCUCAGCACUCUGCUGACCCCACCGUAUUUGCCUGUCUCUGUGACACGUCUGUUGAAAGUACAG